UUCCCGAGGAAAGCCUCCAGAGUUAAACUGAAGUACCGUCGUUUCUCCGGCAGGUGGCAGCAAAGCAGCAUCUAAUGAGCCAGGCGCAGUGACCGCAGAAGAAGAGCCGUUCUCUCAGCCGUCCCGGAAGCAUGGCGCGGGCUGUGAGCUGGGUCGCCUUGCUCCGCUGCGGGCUCCGGAGGUAACAGCGGCGAUCGAGCGAACAAGCGGUCCUUGUUCAUUUAGCGUUCACCUCAGCACAGACGGCUUUAACCGGACACCAACAUGUCCGGCCAGAAGGGCGCCGCGGACCUCCAAGCUAACCUUAGCUUGCGAGACAGCGGACUGCUCGGCGCGUCCCCUGCCCGAGGAAUCUACCCUGCCCCGGGCAGGCUGGGCUCUGCGGCCGCGGGGAGAAUCACGGACCGCAGGAAAUCGGCGCCGGUGGUCCACCAGCGGCAUAUGCCGAUGGAGCCCAAGAAGUUCCACAUACCGAGGAAAAAUAAGGAGAAAACAGCUCUCUUCCAGUCGGUCUCCAGCGAGUCCAGGGAAUAUGAGGACAUGAAGACCAUUCUGACGUCCGGCUUCAUUGACACUAACUCUGCAGGCUGCUUCACUUACAGCAAUCCUCGUCUGGUUCACAGCGAGCUGCAGGAGAAGGAAUUUGUGGAAAAAAGGAGAGAGAUGAAGGCAGAUGGAAGGACGGAUAAGGAGCUGGAGGAGAGCUACUGUUUCCUGCUGACCAAGUCGGUGGAGCUGCCUGUUCUCUGUGAGAAGGGACUGACUGUUGGUCAGAGUAAAUCCACGCUGCUGGGGAACCCGAAUAAAGGCGUGUACCUGUCCAGGUACUCGGAUCUGCUGCAGACAAACCCCCUCGCGCCUGGGACCACUGGGGAGCUCCUCAUCUUCAAGGUGAUCAAGGGGAAAGUGAAGAGCAUGUACGAAAACAUGAAGAUCGUCCAGGACCCGACGCCGCGCUUCGACAGCCACAUCGCCAAGAACGCCAGCAAGGUCACCUCGCUAAGCUGCUACCGCGCCUUCGAGCUCACACAGCAAUACUUCUACGAGUAUUUGUUUGACGAGCUGCGGGAGCGGCCUCGGCAGGUGUGUCCGUACGCCGUCGUCUCCUUCCACGUCAAAGGGAAAGACGCGCCUCUCUCCAUCAAACCUCCGGCACCCAUCAGGUCCAACAGUCAGCUCUCAGAGAGGAGUAAAGAGUGCGCUCACUUCACCGUGUGGAGCGGAGAUUUGGUGAAAAACAAGCGGGUCCUCUUCCAAAUCUCCCUUCGGUGCAGCUCCACUCCCUCUCUGCCCCACCAGCUACCCGAGAAGUUGGACAUCGGCUCCGUUAUGAGUUUCGACGAAGUGACCAAGCUGGUUCCGCCCGGCCUGUUGUCCUUUAACCGCUACAGCAGCAGCAAAGAAGUUGUGACAGAGGGCCUUUACUGCAGUCUGCUGGAGGCGGUUGACAGAAAUCGGUCCAAAGCUAACGUAACGGCGCUGCUGCGGGAGCUGGAGACACAACGACUGGUUCUGGUGAAUCCACUCACAGAUAGAGGUUUCCUCUUCCUGCUGUCCAGCGUUCAGAUGGCCACACCCACAGAAAGAGAAGAGACCUGGAAGAGGAGCCUCCAGGCCUUGUUUGUUUUCCCAGAGUCCAGAGAUGUGUCUGAACUGGCGUCACGGCGUUCCUCCUCCCAGGAGCGUUUGAUCCCCCCCGCCUCAGCGGUGCCGCGGCUCGCCGAGUUUUUGCCGGCUUUGCACCACUCUCUGGUGAAAGCCAAGGCCAACCCUCCCCCUAACCUGUCUGCUGGUGUGGAGCUGCAGACGCAGGAAUACCUGAGGGGCUCGAAAGACGGCAGCGUGCCGCGGUACGCCGUCACCGAGUACGACACCGUUCUGGACAAAGAGGCGAAGCCGUGCCCGCCCUACCGCCGGGUGAACACGGACAGCUACCUGCGCUCUUACCUGUCCAACCCCUCCGUCUACCUGCUGCCGGUGGGCCGGGCCAGGCAGGCCGUGGAGGCGCACUGUGGCCCCGAGCAGCCGCAGGAGAAAACGUCCAGGAGCGACGCCAGGGAGGCGCACGCUCAGAAGAUGCAGCAGCUGCUCGACCAGAUUCUGGCUUCUAAGAAAAACGCGGAGACCGAGGUGAGGCGGGAGGAGGGCGACGGGUUAAAGCUGCCGGAGAGGAAGAGAAAGCUGGAGCAGAAGACGGCGGAGAGGGCGCUUAAAUACUUCAAGGCAUCGCUGGAAACAGGAAGGCCCGACAGGAUUCCUGUUGGAGAAAUCAAAAUCCCAGCAUCCCACCUCUCUUUGCCGUCCAUAAUGGCCUCACUGGGUUUGAAGGAUGUUGAUCUGAGGGAAGACGGAUCCGAAGCAGCAGUCAAAUUCCUCAGACAGCUAAAAGUCCUGGUUCACGCUGCCAAUCAGAACUCGUCUGAAUCUCCGGAGGAAGGACCGAAGGAGUCGAGUCCGUUCGGUCGGCUGGCCAUGAAGCUGGGCCUGCCCGCUCACUGCGACGUUGACCUGAGGAAGCAGGAGGAGCUGGAGGAGCAGACGGCCGGCAGCGUCAGCAGUCUGGAGGGAUUCAGUCCCGGUUCGCACAGCGGGGAGCAGAACCACCACGGUGGACGGGCAGCAGGAGGAGGAGGAGGAGGAGGAGGAGGAGGAAGGCUGGGGAGGAAAGCAGUGGCUAAUGAAGAGCAGGAGGAGGAAGAGUGGGAAAUCCCAUGGGUCCUGAUCCCCAUAACAGGUCUUUGUUCACAGAGAUACUCGCAGGGGGACCGGAACAUCCCGCAGGACCCUCGUUUCCAUCGCCUCGACUCGGCAACCGCCAUCACAACAGCGGCCAAGUCAUGCGGGAGGAGCCCCGCUUCGUCCCCCGAGCGGAGCCCCCCUCCGUCCUACCCGUCCCCCGAGGCCAGCCCCCCUCCCUCCCCCUUCCGGUGCUCAUCGCCCGUCCCCAGCCCGCCCAACUCUCUGUCUCAGUGCCCGUCUCCUGAGCCCAGCCUGCCGCCGUCGCCGUCUCAGUGCCCGUCCCCGGAGCCCAGCCCCCCUUCGUCCCCCUUCCUCUGCCCGUCGCCACAACCCAGCAGCCCCCCUUCCCCUGCCCAGUCCUCGUCACCCGAGACCCGGCCGCUCCAGUCUGCCUCCCAGUGCCGGGCCCUGGCUAACGACCUCCAGCCGGUUAACGAGCCGCAGCGCUUUGUCCCGGAGGAGCUUCCAGGGAUCCACGACGAAGCGGACGCAAAGCUUCAGAGGACAGAAGAGCCGUCGGUUCCCACGGCGAUGGAUCCCUUCACGCCUCCGUCCCCGGCUCUGCCGUGUCGACCUUCGCCGUCCCGGUGCGAAGCGCAGCAGGCAGGAGGAGAAGCGGAGAAGGUGGCGGUUGAACAGGAAACUGAGGAGGCGGAGGACUGUGAGCGAUGCGAGGAGCAGCAGGAGGCUGAAGCGGUUGAGCAGAAACCGAUGAGAGACGUGGAGGAAGCAGACGGAGCCCCGCUGAGAUCCGCUGACGUCGACAGAGUCGUGGACAAACAUCUGGAGGAGUUUUCCUCUGACGUAAAGCUCCUCCUGCGCGGCGAAGGCGUCAGCUACGGCGUCCCUCGGCUCUCGCUCUCGCCUUCCUCGGCGCCGGCUCCCCAGCAGCUGCUGCCGUACGCCUCGCUGGCUCAGUUCUCGCCGUACGUCUCCUUUUACAACCCCUGCCCCCCGGUCGGCGACUACGUCACUUCGCUGCAGGACGGCAUCGCCGGCAUGCUGGCGGAGCUCGAUGAGCGCCGCUCGGCCGGGGCUCCUGUGGACGCCUCGCUGGCCAACACGGUCAGUGACUUUGUGGCCAGCGUCAGAGCGGGCCAGGCGCCGGCAGGUAGAGCCGACGAGGCCCAGCUGCCGGACUCCACGGACUGGAGGAACGCCCCGUCUCCUCGCCGCUCUGCCUGCGGCUCCGCUGUGGGACCUCAGGACAACGUGGCGGUGAGGACGGCUGCUGAAGACGACGGUGGUCUGACGGACCCACACGGCACCGUGGCCGUCCCAGGACUGGGCUGCCAUCCGGAGACGGGCCAGCUGCCCGUCGUUUCUCCCGGCCCCGCCCUGGAGCCCGGCGCAGCGCCCGUCCCGUCAACGACGCACAUAAACUCUGUGAUCGACCAGCUGGAGCCCAACGUGUUAAACAACCUGGUGGAGAUCAUUAAAGACAUCAAGAGGAAGUCCCCGCAGUUCUACGUCCACUGCACAGAGCCAGGAGACCAGGUCUACGAGGAGGUCAAGGAACAUCUGCUGAACCUGGGCAACGUGCAUCAGAGUCCUGUGGACUUCCUACACCAGGACAACACGGACAACGGGCUGCUGGUCAUCAUUAAGAAUAAAGACAUAGCCGCGCACAUUCAUCAGAUCCCAGGCCUCAUGUCUUUGAAGAGACACUCCUCUGUGGUGUUUGUGGGCGUCGACUCGCUGGACGACAUCAAAAACAACAGCUGCAUCGAGCUGUUUGUCUCCGGGGGCUGCAUUGUCUCCGAUGAGCUGGUCCUCAACCCGGACGUCAUCACUCACGAUCGCCUCGCUGCCCUGCUGAAGCUCCUGGAGGAGCACAGUUCUCCGGAGAGCCUGUGGAGGUGGAAGAUUCACUGCAGAACCCACAAAAGGCUGAAGGAACAAGCCAGGUUCCGGAGGGACGCCGCCAACCUGCUGGACCUGCUGUCGGCGUACCAGAAGCGGCAGAUCAUCGAGUUCCUGCCGUAUCACCACUGCGACAUGAGCAACCAGCAGUCGCCGGACCUCGACUGCCUCAUCGAGCUCCAGGCCCGAUACACGCAGUUCCGACACACGGUCUACCUCACCGAGCACCCGUUCGAUAAGUUCCCCGCGUACUCCAACGGGGGCGUCAUCGUGGCCGGGAUCGAGGACAUCCAGCGCAGCUUCAGCCGACUGGUCGGCUGUCACAGCCUCAAGGACAAGCAGCUGUUCGUGGAGGAUCUGCUCGCUCCCAAAGGUCUCAGCAGGCAGCUCGACCACAGAGACUCCGCCCACGACGUCUCCCCGCCUCCUGCCGCCUUCCCGGAUCCCAUCCGCCCCGUCUCCUCCAGCAACCAACCCCGAGAGGCGCUGCCUCUGCCCGGCGCCAGCCUGCCCUACGGCCCCUUCGUGCCCGACCAGAUCGUUCCCGACGCCGGCGGCGGCGAGCGGCUCUCCUCGCACACGAGCAGAGACAUGGAGUUCCUCCAGCAGGCCAUCAAGGAGCUGCGAGCCGAGCGCCUGGAGCAGCUCAAGCAGCUCAAGCUGCAGCAGGCGCUGCUGGAGCUGCAGGUCGAGUCGGACGUCGGCAUCUUCGCCGGUCCCACCGGCGCGGAGGAGCGUCACGGCAGCCCGCCUCCGGGCCCGGCGCCGCACUCUGAGUCGGCCCACCUCGCCCCCAGCAGGAAGGCCGUGGCCGCCGUGCUGGACUCGAUUCACUCUGGGCUGACGCUAGAAACGUGGAAGGACAAGAGGACGGAGGACGGAGUGCAGCCGAGCUCCACGGGGGGAAGAGGGACGCCGGGAAAUCCUGGAGUGGCGGCGGCGUGGACCGGACACUCCCCUCAGAAUAACGCCGAGCCGUCCGGUCAGAGCGCCACGGAUCUCAGUGACCCAACAGAACCCGACAGCGACGGGAAACACGAAGGAAUGGAUCGACAAGAAGAACCUGGUCCGUCCCCGGGUUCUCCUGGAGAGGACGACGUGUCCAGAACGUCCCAGCCCGACCAGGAGCAGCCAGCGAGCGCAGGAGCGGCUCCACAGAGCAGCAGCGACCCAGAGUCCAGAAUCCCCGUCUUGAUGUGUCGGGAUCACGACCCGAAGCCCGCUCAGACCGCGCAGAACCUCCAGCAGAAGCAGCCGGCCCAGAUCCGGCCGUACGGCGUGCCGCCCCAGCCAGGUGUCGGCCUUCGGCCCACUCCACACCUGCCUCAGGUCCACGGCCAGCAUUUCCACCCAGUACCCUUACUGGGGCCCCUGCGGCCUCUGGGAGGACUGAGGGGCCUCUUGCCCCACCCGCAGCUCUGGCCGGGCGGGUUGGGCCCGACAGGCAAUCCCCUGGUCUGGGGCUUCCAGCAGACUGGGAUGGACCUCCUGGGGGGGUUCUACAGUCCUGCAGGUCCGGGCGGAAACGUGUACAGGGGAGGCCCGGCCGGGAGGAGGUUUUAACAGAAUGUAGGGAGGCGUUCUCCAGCAGAACCACCAGAACCGGCCGUCAGCAGAGCAGCAGAGUCUGGGUUCAGUCAAAGGUUGUAAGAGACUGCAGGUGGAACCCAAAACAGACACAGCAGCUUCUUCUUCUUAUUAUUAUUAUUAUUAUUAUUAUUAUUAUCUUAAACGAGCCGAGGGUUUCAGCCACGACUGCUUACAGCAACCAGAACCAGUCCGGAUCAUUUCAGGAAGUCAGUCCAGAAGAAUCAGCAUCGACACUAAUGGAGACGUGUAAAUAUUUAGCCACAUGUAAAUAAAGUGAAACUUUUUAACCCUGACUGACUGACUGACUUCUGCGCCGAUCGGAACCAGGAGCCUCUGGUUCCGGGCGGAGACGGAAACCUGCGAGUUCUGAUGGUUCCAGUCGCCGGCGGAUCAGGUUGCCUUACGUCUUCCAGUGGACACUAAAAAAAAAAAAGUCAUCGUUUGGUUUGUUUCGCUGGGAGCUGCUGCGGUUCCGUCGCUGCAGCGAACAGUUUUAACUUAAGUCGGUUUUUAUGUUUUUGUUUUUUUUCUAUAACAGGUUUUUGUAUUAAAAUCACAUGAAAAA